AUGAGAUUUUAUAGUGGGUUCAAGGAAAAUCCGUGGAACUGUGAUGACAGUUUUGAGAAAAAUGAAAAAGGGGGGGACAAAUUGAAGGUUGCAUUAAAUGAUUAUCCUAGAAUUCAUAGUGAAGCUAAAAAGAUCACGAGUGCCUACUGUUCCGCAUGCUCGAAGAAUGGAACCCCGAAUUAUGGUAAUAUACCUUGUUAUUUUUUUUAUUAUUGGUUGGGAGUUACAUACUGGAACAAGUUAAAUGGUAAACCACUGUCAGAACUUCUGGAUGUAAUUUAUCGAACGCUGAAAAGUGCUCCCUAUGAUCAUAAAUGUAAUGUUACAUACGAAGAUACUGACGAAAUUUUUCUCAAGCAGAAAAAAACAAUAUUCGAGUAUUACUACGAUUACAAUACCAUAGAAGACGAUUUACUCAAGAAGGAUAAACCCAAUUGUACUUCGGACUGGUUGAGUUAUCGUCAGAAUGUUUCUACAGCGUGUAAGUCCGUAAAACAAAAUUGCAAGGACAAAUAUGAAAAUGAUUCAUAUUGUAAGAAAUUUAAAGCAGAUUAUAGGGUAUAUUGCGAUUCGGCGGAAUUCCUAAACUCCUACUGUGACGCAGAACCUAAAUUAGGAUUACUACGGACCGAACUCACCGAGGAAAAAAAAGCAGCACUCUCUGAAGCACAAACAGCGGCAUCCUUAGCAAAAGAAGAAGCUGUUCGUUCCGCCACAACCACUUCUUCCAUCUCUUCCAUCAUCGGCACCUUAGCAACAAUAGGUACCCCGUUUUUAUUAUACAAAUAUAAACCAUGGUCUCCUUGGUUUGGUAACCACUCUUCUGGAGGAGGAAGAAGGAACGGAAGAAAGAGAAGAUCAGUUGGACGCGAAUUCGACACAUUAACGGAAGGCACUUCAACAGAGAAUGAUUCCAUACUAGACUCCAAAACAGACAAUUCCACAGUAGACGAUUCUACUAAGACGGUCUACCACAGGACCGUCUACAGGACCGUCUACAGGACCGUCUACAGGACCAUCUACCACCAGAAGAGCAGGAACAGGAUCAAAUAA